UCCCCUCUCCCCUGCUCUCGUCAGCUCGCACUGAAGACACCGAGGGAGGAAGUUGUAGCAGUUAGCACCCAGCUAGCUAUCUGUGUUUUUCUGUUUUAUUUGUGUGCGUUGUCUCAUAUGCAGAGAGAUGUGGUUUAUUUAUUUGCUCAGCUGGCUGUCGCUGGUGAUCCACAUCUCCUUCGUCACUCUCGCCAUAGCUGCUGGCCUGUACUACCUGGCAGAACUAAUAGAAGAAUACACAGUAGCCACCAGUCGAAUUAUAAAAUACAUGAUUCUGUUCUCUACAGGUGUGCUGGCAGGCCUCUAUGUUUUUGACGGCUUCCCAGUGUUGAUGGUGGGAGUUGGCCUUUUCACCAACCUGGUGUACUUCGGCCUCUUGCAGACCUUCCCUUACAUUCUGCUGAGCUCCCCUAACUUCAUCCUCUCCUGCGUGUUGAUAGUGGUGAACCAUUACAUGGCCUUCCAUUACUUUGCACAAGAGUAUUACCCAUUUUCAGAGGUGCUGGCCUACUUCACCAUCUGCCUCUGGGUGAUCCCCUUCGCCUUCUUUGUGUCACUGUCAGCGGGUGAAAAUGUUCUGCCGUCCACCAUACAGCAAGGAGAUGACGUGGUGUCAAAUUACUUCACUAAGGGCAAGAGAGGGAAGAGGUCGGGGAUCCUCCUCGUGUUCUCUUUCCUCAAGGAGGCAGUGCUGCCCAGCCGACAGAAAAUGUACUGAAGAGCUCAGACUCUGGGUGCAGGUUCGGGGGGUCAGGGGUGAGUGUGAGAGUGUGUGCCAGAGAUUAAGGGGGAGGCUGGAAUGACUGUGAAAAUUUCUGGACAGGACUUAAACUAAGCAGAGGACAAAAAAGGGGGAAAGAGAGCACACGAAGAGGACGGACCAAUGAACACAGGAGAGUUUUCUGCUGGACGAGCCGACGAGUUUACCCAGACCACUUUUGUCUGUCUCUGUCUGGACUGAUUGCUAACGACAUCUACCAGAGACCUUGCAGACGAGAACUUGUCUUUAGCGCAUCGCUUUUAUUAUUGUGACUCCAUUUUUAAAGCUUUGGUACAAAAGAUAUACGUGUGCAGGUUUGAAAUUAACAACCAACAAAUAUCUGUAAAUUUUUUUUGACUUUUGGCAGAUAAAUCGUUAUCUUUAUUUUUUUCUUGACACCCUGCUGCUCAUCAGAGUGGAAACACAAAGUAGUAGUGAAAAUAGUUCAGGAGACAAAGUACGACUGUUGAGAAGGUGGUUUGGAGAUUGGGAGAUUUUAAAGGUGCUUCCUCUCUUAAUCCUGACGUCUGUGUUUUGUUUUUUUUGUUGUGAAACCCUAGAAAGGAUAAAACUAGCCAAUCAGCUGCAGGUAAAAAUAAACAGGUCGCCACUGAAGCACUUGGGAUUAAAAUGAAAAAGCUCAGUCUGUAGUUAACUGAAGAAAUCAGCUUCUGAUCUGUGGAAGUACUUUUUUUGAUUGCAAAGUAUGACAUGGUAUAAAAGCCCCGCCCUGUCACAGCACACUGAUGAACAGGGUUUAAAUCAAAGGUGGUUUGAUAGGAUUCAUUUUCCCUUUCAAUUUGAUGAGCUACAAGAGAGGAAAUCAUCAACAUCUCACCACGGAAACGACGCACGGUGAGAUUUUUUUCUGUUACUCCUCAGAUUCCCACCCUUUUUUUGGGAUUUUUCUUUUUUUUUUUUUAGAGAAGUCACAGUAACAAACAGAUUUUUUUUGUCACUGUCAAAGACGAAUGAAAACACUUCUGAAGAUCAAACCUGUGCUGGGACUCUUGGUGUUGGGGACAAAACGCUGCUCAAUCUGGUUUGGUGAAAGUUCGAUUGAAGAGACAGAAGUUCUUUCUAACAAUCUCUCGAGUGUGGAUAAUUGUCGCCUGUUAAACACUCAAUUGUAAAAUAAAAUAAAAGAUUUUGUUGAAAUAA